ACAAWGUUUGUGGUUUUCAAUUACUAUUUUCGUUAUUGGUUAUAAUAUUUGCCCUGAGUGAUGGAGAUACRGAAAACCUUUUUGUUUUUUGCUUUCUUUUCCAGAAGGUCAUUUCAACAGAGUUCCUAGAUACUACCCAGUGAUCAUGACGGAUUCCGGUUGUUUGAUGCUUAGCUGUACAGAUCUUCCUCGUCGUCGUCGUCGUUGUCCGCAGCACCGGCAUCGCCUGCGGCAGCACCCUCGGCUCCCUCCGGGAACGCAAAGGUGGCAAGGCUGCCUCCGGUCGCUCCMGUGACAGCUGCUCGGGACUGUUGCAAGGUCUGGGCAAAGGAUGCGUAUUGGGCCAAGUCUCUGUCCGAGACAGAUCGUCGCGCCUGGCGAACAGCCGACUCAAAGUGCUUUGGAAGGAUCUCGGGCAUAGUAUCAUCAUCUUCGUCGUCGUCGUCGUCUUCCAUCUCAUCCCCGGCUUCGGCCUUGAUUCGUUGCCGUUCRAUGUCRCGUUCAAUUUCUUCUCGAAUGGCCAAUUUACAUGCGGUCUGGCAKAUUUCUGUCAAAUCAGCACCGGUGAACUUGUCUGUUUGAGAAGCCAUGUAGGACAAAUCGACGUCCUUKGAAAUGGGAGACUUUCGCAGAGUAGCUCGAAGAAUGGAAAGACGAGACUCAAAGUCGGGCAUAGGAAUGUAGAUCAACUGAUCCAAACGGCCCGGACGCAUCAGAGCUGUAUCAAUAAUGUCGGGUCUGUUGGUGGCACCAAUGAUGAAAACGUUCUUCUUCGCACCCACACCGUCCAUUUCUGUCAGGAGCUGGUUCAUGACACGAUCGGCAGCACCGCCACCAUCACCCGACGAACCUCCACGCUGUUGAGCAAUGGAAUCCAAUUCAUCAAAGAACAAUACACAAGGAGCGGACUGUCGAGCCUUUUCGAAAACGUCACGGACGUUUGCCUCGGAUUCUCCGAACCACAUGGUCAAAAGUUCAGGUCCCUUGACAGAGAUGAAGUUAGCCUGACAUUCAUUGGCAACAGCCUUGGCCAUAAGUGUCUUACCGCAACCGGGAGGACCGUAAAACAAUACUCCCUUGCUGGGAGACAUUCCGAACUUCUCGAAUUUUUCGGGAUGCUCGACGGGGUAUUGGACCAAUUCUUUCAAGUCACGCUGCAAAUAGAGAUUCGAAAGACACGGGAACAACGGUUAGCCACCGAAAAGAAAAGGAUUCAAGGCGACCGACASACAAAAKUUUYGUUUUGUCGUCUCGCAAAAAGCUCUGAAGAUCACGUACCUUGACACCUUCCAAUCCGCCRAUAUCCUCCCAGGAGACAUUCGGUACUUCGACGACAGUUUCUCUCAAACUAGAUGGGUUGGAUUGAGASAGAGCGUGACGGAAGUGAUCUUGAUUCACGGCCAUGCUAUCCAAAAUCUCGGCAUCGAUCUGCUCAUCUUCAAUAUCGAUCAGAUCCAUCUUCUCUCGGAUGCAUUGCAUGGCGGCUUCGGUACAAAGGGCGGCAAUAUCUGCACCAACAAAACCGUGGGUUUCCCGGGCCACGGCUUCCGGGUCGACGUCCUCGUCGAGUUUCAUGUUGCGCGUGUGGAUGCGGAAAACCUCGAGACGACCAUUUUCGUCGGGAACACCAAUGUCGAUCUCGCGAUCGAAACGACCGAAACGACGCAGGGCAGGAUCGAUAGCGUUGGGACGGUUGGUACAUCCAAUGACAACGACCGACGCUCGYUGUUUGAGACCGUCCAUCAAGGUCAACAUCUGACUGACAAUACGACGCUCGACUUCUCCGUUGGUCUUUUCACGCUUAGGUGCGAUAGAAUCGAUUUCAUCGAUGAAAAUAAUGGCAGGGGCGUUCUUUUCGGCUUCCUCAAAGGCCUUGCGAAGGUUCGACUCGGACUCACCGGCCAUCUUGGACAUGAUCUCGGGCCCGUUGAUCAAAAAGAAAAAGGCACCGGUUUCGUUGGCAACGGCUCGUGCGAURAGAGUCUUUCCGCUUCCCGGUGGYCCGUACAACAAGACUCCGCGUGGUGGCUUGACUCCAAGCGUCUUAAAGAGGGUAGGGUGGCGAAGAGGCAAUUCAAUCAUUUCACGGAUCUGAGCCAUCUGUUUGCGGCAUCCACCGACAUCGUCGUAGCCAACAUCAUCCAUCUUUUCUUCGUCCUCACGCUUGACGGGAUYUCCCUCGCAGUGGAUCACCGUGUCGGGAGCGACGAUACAGUAGGGGCUGGGGUCCGUUUCCACAACCUUGAAUUCAACGGGGUGCAUGGCGGAUCGAACCAGGAACAAGUCUCCCUUCUUCACCGGACGGUAGGCCUCCAAAAAGUAUGGCUUGAGGUAGACCUCGAAGAGGUUUCCAGAGACACCUUCGAUGGUAUCGUCCAGGGGCAACACGUGGAUGCGCUUUCCGUACGGAACAUCGCCACAGGCAGUGACGGUGACGACGUCGCUCAAUCGAAUUCGGAGGUUCUUGCGAACGACCUUGUUCAURCGAACGUUUGCGUCGUCGCAGGUUUCGUCGGCCAGGACGAUGCACACCGUAUCGCGACCCUUCUUUCCCUUUACAAGAACGGUAUCACCCCGAAAGAGUUCCAGCUGCUCCAUYUUGGCGGGACUGAGGGAAAUGACCGAGUUGUCGUCGUUGGUGGCAUCGUCGACGAUCAACCGAUUGGGACUGCGCUUUUUGCCACCGGCGCCRAGGAUGGCGUCUUUCAUUUCUGCGUCUUUGCUGUGGAAGAGGGUGUGCGAACGGUGGAGAAAUCGGGCAGCGGAAGAAAAUUAGACAAAAACAAUCAGAAUACGGGGCAUCAGCUAUCGAACGCAGAAAGUGAWAUCUGCCCUCCGAGAAAUCUGGAAGACCGGAUUUUGAAUUUCGUGUAUAUCCGUAACCAUCGCCUCUGCUGUUCCUUUCUUAUUUUUGGGGCUAGAGCAGAUCRGGUCCAGCAGUCCAUUCUUGUGGAUAUCUCUCACAACUCGUUUGUCAUGGCAAGUUUCUCCUUACCUCAUUUUGCAGCCUGUGUUUCGUUCGAGUGAGUUGUGCUUUCAAGAUASGAUCGUCUUGUUCUGUUGUUUGAACCCUUUUCUAUUUCUUUMAGAAAGGAAUAAGUGUAGCCCUUGAUUGCUUCAGCAAUUAUUUCUUGGACAAGCUUGGUCUAGUUAUUCUMUGUGUCGGAAUACAGGAUCGUCGGUAGAAUAAUGAAACAGCACAGAGAGCUAUCCAGUUCCACUGAACAAUUUUAGUAAUAUUGCUGUAGUAGUCAAGAGUGAUGGCACAAGCUCAUUCCUGCGAUGAUGCAGAAUAGAAGAUAUCGCAGUCACAGCAUSGCCUUUGUGCCCUGCCGACGCGAAAAUGAAAACAAGACGAAAUAAGAAAGGGAAAGAUGACUAUCGAAAAACGCGCUAACAUGUCGCGCGAUUGAAAUCCCCUAAAGUUGUCGAUUCUUUUGGGGGAUGAAACAUAAUGCAGUGAGAACCCGGACCUAAGAUCUUUUUUGACGACGAGACACAACCCAGAAAGUGAAACCGCGUGUGAUUGCCAUCUUCUUUUCAUUCCUAUUUUGAACGCGUGCGUUAAGAAAGAGAAAAAUCGAGAGAAAAUCACGAUCGUUGGAAAUCUUCAAAUCUGUUUCUCGUCUCCAUACCAGUCUAUCCAAUACUGUAGAAACAUCGAUUGCAUACUCGACAACAAUGCAGCUUYUGCUACCGAUCACCAUCGCCGUUGCUCCCCUAGUGGGACGUGCUUCGGCAUUUGCAACAAACAAAAACAUUGCCAGGACACACACAACGGGUUUGUUCUCAUCCGUUCCCUCCGAUGUCUCGUCGGCGCCCUCUCUGACCCUGGACGAGCUCAAGGCCGACCUCGUGAGGGCGUGCACUUCCGAAAAGAAAUCGUCGCUGAGUGAAAUCCGAUCGCUGGUGCAGGAGCUUGAAGAAAAAGCAGAAAUGGUGGGAGAGGGACAGUCAUCGUCGAGCAGCGGUCUCCUAUCUGGUGAAUGGUARGUAGCGAUGUGCUUUGAUUUGUUCGUUCUGUUGCAUUGUAAAGGGAUAAACUACAUUGAACAAGACUCGAAUUUGAUGGGUGUUUAYCAGAGACUUGUGCAACUAGACUAUUUAGGGAAGGUCAUUUAGACGCGCAACGCAUUCAACAAUUGGAAAGGAAGGACGACCACUUGUUUCGUUCUCUCAUUUGACAUUGUUCUUGUGAAAAUUACGGCGAUGGCGACAACAACUCUGGCUACAGGGAGCUCUUGUAUUCGCCCGAAGACGAGACACGAUCGUCGCCCUUCUUUUGGGCGUUUGAACAGGCCUUUCCCGACAAUUCGGAUCAGAUUUUUGGAAUCACCGACUCCAUACCGGCACCCAUCAAGGAGGUCGGACCGGCCUACCAAACCAUCGAUGGUUUAACCGAGGGCGUCACCACCGGRAAGCUGAUCAGCCGUGUCAAGGUAGCAACCCUGGGUGGCCUCGCCACCUCCAUCAUGACCACGCGGGCCGACAUUACGGGAACCGUUGGCGUGGACGGACUUACCAUCCAGAUCGAGAGCACCAAGCCCGAGGAAUCAACGGCCCUGGAAAAACUAGGACCUCUCGGGAACCUUCUGAACGAGAACCUUCCACCCUUUCCCUCCGGGCAGGCUCUGGARCAAGUGGUCCCGGGUUCCUCUACGGUGAUCAUGCGAACUACUUUCUGCGACGACGGCCUGCGAAUCAGUCGAAACGAYUCCAAGUACGAUGAGCCUUUUGUGUGGAGACGGAAGAAGUUUUCGGGCACGCAGGAUCUUUAAGGAUUUACUGMUUUAUGCAAACAGGUCGGAUCRGAGCGUGAACKUUACAAUAUCAAGAAAACACGUGCUAUUCCGGUCGGAUUUGUACGUUUGCUGAUUGGUGAUCCGAUGUACUAGUAAGCAAGACCAAACUUCUGCAAGAGAAUUUGCGGUCAUUGAAAUAAGGUAUUUGUCGGUUUUUGCCAUCGUUAAAAUAAAUGGAUAGCAUUCAU